AAUUCGGGCAAUUACCUUCCUAUAUCCAGUGCCGAUCCAACUUGCGCACUCUGCACUUUAUCAGCUACGCCAAAAAUCGUGCCAUCGACGUCAGUUUGCUCUUGUUCGGUUGUUCGUAUCAUCGCUCAUUCACAAAAAAGAGAAAUGCUCCGCGCACUCCUCGCGCGGCGACCAUGGCGUCGUCCCCAACCCCGGCGGAGCCCCGCGGCGGCGCUCCUCUCCUCCGCCGUCCUCCCCGACGGCGUCGACCGGAGCUCCGCCGCGUUCGCCGGAAACUCUGCUGCCGCCGCCGACCUCGUCUCCCACCUCCACUCCCAAAUCGCCAAGGUUCUCGGUGGCGGAGGCGCCGAGGCGGUGAAGAGGAACAGGGGCCGAGGCAAGCUCCUCCCCAGGGAGCGGAUCGAUCGCAUGAUCGACCCGGGAUCGGGGUUUCUCGAGCUCUCUCAGCUUGCAGGAUACGAACUAUAUGAGGAAUCAUUACCAUCUGGAGGGAUCAUUACUGGAAUGGGGCCUAUCCACGGGCGUCUCUGUAUGUUUGUCGCCAACGACCCCACUACAAAGGGAGGCACCUAUUACCCUAUUACUGUUAAGAAGCAUCUAAGGGCGCAGGAAAUUGCUUCUGAAUGCAAACUGCCAUGCAUAUAUCUUGUUGAUAGUGGAGGCGCUAACCUUCCUAGGCAGGCUGAAGUCUUCCCCGACCGAGACAAUUUUGGAAGGAUUUUCUACAACCAAGCUAAGAUGUCGUCAGAUGGCAUUCCCCAGAUUGCGUUGGUUUUAGGUUCUUGUACUGCCGGGGGUGCAUAUAUACCUGCAAUGGCUGAUGAAAGUGUUAUAGUCAAAGGCAAUGGUACAAUAUUUCUAGCUGGUCCACCGCUAGUGAAGGCUGCUACAGGAGAGGAGGUAUCAGCUGAGGAUUUAGGAGGUGCCUCAUUGCAUUGUAAAAUAUCAGGAGUUUCUGAUCAUUUUGCAGAAGAUGAAUUUCACGCCUUAGUAAUAGGGAGGAACAUUGUCAAAAAUCUACACAUGGCUGGGAGAAGACCAAAUAGUUCUCCUAAGUUUUCUUUUGAUUACAAAGAACCAUUAUAUGAUGUAAAGGAACUUCACUCAAUUGCACCAACUGAUCAGAAGCAGCCUUUCGACAUUCGAUCUGUUAUUGCUCGUAUAGUUGAUGGCAGUGAAUUUGAUGAGUUCAAAAAGUUAUACGGAACUACACUUGUAACAGGUUUCGCAAGAAUCUGCGGGCAGCCAGUUGGAAUUAUUGGAAAUAAUGGCAUAUUAUUUACUGAAUCUGCUCUAAAAGGUUGUCACUUCAUCGAGUUAUGUUCGCAGCGGAACAUUCCUCUGAUUUUUCUUCAAAAUAUAACUGGAUUCAUGGUUGGCUCAAAAUCUGAAGCAAGUGGUAUUGCAAAGGCCGGUGCGAAAAUGGUUAUGGCAGUUUCCUGUGCAAAGGUUCCAAAAAUAACAUUAAUUGUGGGUGGAAGUUUUGGUGCUGGAAAUUAUGGAAUGUGUGGGCGUGCGUACAGUCCUAAUUUCUUGUUUCUUUGGCCUACCGCAAGGAUUUCAGUAAUGGGUGGCAAUCAGGCUGCAGGUGUCCUUGCUCAGAUAGAAAGGAACAACAAGAAGAGGCAGGGGAUUGAGUGGACAAAGGAUGAAGAGGAAAGCUUCAAAGGAAGAGUAGUGGAAGCUUAUGAGAGAGAAGGAAGCCCAUACUACUCAACGGCGAGGCUGUGGGAUGACGGAAUCAUAGACCCUUCAGACACUCGGAAAGUUCUGAGUCUCUGUCUCUCCGCUUCCGUAAAGCCGACUCCAGAGGAGACGAAGUAUGGUGUGUUCAGGAUGUAAUGUAAGCCGCGCAUAUGCGGGUCUUAUUGUAUGCUCAGUUGGAAAUGCUCUCUCUAAACUCAACCGCUUUUAUGCUAUAAAAUGCUACCAAAUGGCAGGUGGAACCUUGAUCAGAUUGCAACUCUUGCGGAGGUUCCCGAUGCGGUUUCUUAGCAUUUCGCAGCAUCGGAUAAGAGCUUUGUGCGGACUCCUAAAAAAUAAGAGUGGUUGCAUUUGGACAAUUCUUUCCCAAACUGGGUAUUUAAAAAAUAAUUAUCUUCUAUUAUUCUUCAUGAAUAGCGGCAAAGAGGGAUUACACCCACAAGAAUAAGCAAGCUGCAUUAGGGAUUUUGCAUAAUGCAGUGAUUUUCAUAUGUACUAAUGUUUUAACAUAGGAAGGAACGGCGAAAGAAAUGUAUGAAGCUGUUCCAAAAAUCCAAAACAAAGGGCAAGUGCAUAGCUUACCUAUAUUUUGUACCUACCAAGUUAACCUCUGUUGUUUCUUGUAUUUUAUCUGCAUAUACAGGUUCAGUUAAGUAAUUUGUCAAAAAGUUGCAUUUAUUCCUAA